AUGUGUUGUUGGCUAUCCGUUCACUUUUCCGUCCCACACCAUUUCCAUCCUCAUUCAACCUUCUUGGCAUCACUCAAACACGACAUGCAGGAACAACAACAACAGGAACAAAAAGGACAAGCCCACUAUCGACCACUCCCACCUCUACCGCCCGAAAUUCUCUCCCUCAUAUUCGCCCACCUCCCUAUCACUUCCCUCCUCUCCUGCACCCUCGUCUCCCGUCUCUGGUACCACGAAUCAAAACCCCACCUCUUCUCCGCAGAGACCUUCCGCCUCGAGCGCCUCCCACACAUCUCCUCAGACGGAACAAGAUUGGACCAGGCUUAUGUCCGACUGUACUCGCCGGCGUAUAUUGCGGCCAUCAAGGAUAAUAAGCGGUGUUUGCGUUCGGUCUCUUGUAUUUUGACGAGGCGGAGUGAUCUCCCGAUUGCUGAGGUGUUGGAGAUUUUGUUUGACUGUCCGAGGGAGUUGUUGCCGUUGAGUGUGGGUGAGGCGGAUUCUGGGGACAUUUGGGUGAACUUGGAUCGUGCCACUGCUGCUGCUGCCGCCGCGUUUCACACUAAUGCUACCAUUGCUGACGACAACGGUGCUGUUGCCACGACGACCACAACUCCUAGUUCUUCGAAGGUGGUACCGGGAAUCCUUUUAGGACAGAACCGUCCAGCGCUGCAGGUGUUUAUGUACGACGGCAAAGUCAUGUCGAGCUGGCUGUUCGAGACGAUGAUCUACAACUUACCGACGUUGACGACGCUGGAUCUCUACUUGGGUUGUCAUUAUGUGGACCUCCAAGAGUCAGCUUGUCUGGACAUCGACAUGAUCUUGGACGCCUUACCCCGGUUAAAGUCGCUUGUUAUUGAUGGAUCUGGGUACCAUUACACCGACAACGCUCCUUCUUCUUCCACAUCAACGACGGGAACGACCACUAUGCCACUCCACCCACUCGAAUCGUUCAAGUUUACACCCCUCCUGGUGAUGCGGAGCACAGUCAACACACUUGCGACAUUUCGACGUCUCAAAAACUUGAAGUCCAUCUUCAUCAAUACUAACGACACCUAUUACAACCCGGUGACUCGACAGGCCAAGCCGGGCGAGUUUGGGCAGAUCCUGCAACGGUACUGUCCCAAGAUUGAGCGAGUCGAGACGGAGGGUUCCUUGGUCCUUUGGUUUUGCCGUCUGCCGCCCACUUCCCUUCCUUGCGAGGAUAUCCGGUUGUUAACCAACUCAGGAACAGCAUCAGAAUUAAGUGUAAGGGAGUUGGACGAGGGACUCAACGUUACCUUGACACACCAAGAACGAGAGGACAUCUUGACAAACUAUCAAGAGAUCACGCUAUUCUUCCCGCAAUUGAAGGCCUUGAUCGCACGAGGGUACCAAUCCAUGGGGGUUCAGGAUCUGCUUGCGCUCGCGGUGAGUCGGUCCCAGUUCUUGACACACCUCGAGAUUGGGCGUGGCAAUUAUUGGAAUAAUGCCUUUGAACUCCUCCAGGACGCUCGUCCCGACCUUCCCUCCUCCCCCUCUAUCGAAGGAAUCGACCAGAUUACAGUUUAUCCGCCUGGGCCGAUGACGAGUAGCGAGAUGCGAUGGAUGAGGAGGCGGAGGGCGAUUUCGAGUCUGGAUUACCAACGGGUCUUGGAGACCUGUUCCGCACUUAGGGUGGUCUCCCUCCCUGGUGGGAUGCCCUUCCGACACAUGGUCGACGACCCUUCUGACAUCAACGGUGUGGAGACAAGGAUGACACGCAGGUGGGCUUGUGAGGGAACGAUAGAGACGCUCAACAUGGGAUUCGUGCUCUCCACAGCUCGCAGGGAUGACCACCGUCUGAUCUGGCGCCACCUUGGUCGACUCCGCAAGCUCCGCUGUUUGACCCUGACACAUUCGAACUUGAUCCCGUCCCUCGACUUUGGGAUCUCCGAACUCGUCGGUCGCGACUUUUCACAACACGACAAUGAUAACCAUGACGACGCGCCUCUCACAGGAGAAGGAGACGACAAGCAGCGGCUACGGGAACACAACACCACGCUCGAAAAACUCCAUUCUUUAGGAGUCGCAUGGGGAGUCGACGACCGAGCGACGACACAAUGGUUCGCAAGAUCCUUCCCGAACCUCCAGACGGCCGGGCUGGGCUUCCGAUGGGGGACGGCUCAACAUAAGCGUGUGCGGGGGUGGUUAGAUGAGGUUGGGUGUUCGUUUGAGUUGGAGUUUACUAAUGAUAAGUACCGACAAAAAUAA